ACGUUAGUUAGCGGAGCCGAUCAUUUUGACUUUCUGCGAACAGAAAUAUAUCCCUCCCUCCUAUUCUCAAAUCUCAGCCUUACGUCCCCAUCAAUAUCAUCAUGUGGAAACCUUCCGUCUCCCUCUUCUUUUACUUCAUCCUUCUCUUCACCCACUCCUCCGACGCCGAUGUCGGCACAGCCGCCCAGUACGGCCCUCCGUUUCUACCGACGGCGUGCUUCGGAGGAGAUGCGUCGGAGUUUCCGUCGAGCAACAUGUUCGGAUCGGCGGGGGAGGGAAUAUGGGACAAUGGGGCGGCGUGCGGCAGACAGUAUCAGGUGAGGUGUAUAAGUGCUGCGGCGCCGAGGACCUGCAUUGCGGGUCAGACCAUUCAGAUUAAGAUCGUGGACAGAGCGCAGUCCUCUCGCUCUCGUGCUUCCUCCGACGCCACUUCCAUGGUCCUCUCCGCCACCGCCUUCCGCGCCAUCGCCAACUCCUCCGCUUCCUUCAUCAACAUCGAAUUCCAACAGGUUUGAAUUGAAUUUGAUCAUAACGGCAAUUGAGGAAGAGUCUAUGUUUGUAUUUUUAGCCCAAUCAGGGCCUUAUAUGCAGGGUAUCUCUCUCUCUUCCCAACCAUUCGAGGCUUUUUCCAAGUUUUAUUUACUUGUACGCAGCCCGUAAGCAUAACUGUUAAACUUAUUUUAUUAAUAUCAUCCUGG